ACCCUUUUUUCAAUUUUCGGUCCGCUCGCUCCUUCUCUUUCGUUCUCACUCUGACCGGGAAAAGAAAAAUCAGCUUUCUUCAAGCACCCUAGAUUUCCUCUCUCUCUCUCUAAAAUGGCGUUCUCUUCUUUUCUCGGCCGAGUCCUCUUCGCCUCUGUUUUCAUCCUCUCCGCUUACCAAGAAUUUAAUGCUUAUGGAGUUGAUGGGGGACCCACAGCAAAAGCACUCAGACCGAAGUUUGAUGCCUUUGCACAUCAAGUACAUUCUAAAGCUGGCUUUCAACUUCCAGAUAUUGAUAUGAAAAUUUUAGUUGCUGGGGCUAUUGCUCUCAAGGGCCUCGGAGGGAUUCUUUUCAUACUUGGCAGCUCUUUUGGAGCUUUCCUUUUGCUUUUACAUCAAAUGAUUGCUACUCCAAUACUGUAUGAUUUCUACUAUUAUGACAGCGAGGACAAAGAAUUUAUCCAACUUUUCAUCAAAUUUACUCAGAAUAUGGCUCUCUUCGGGGCAUUGUUGUUUUUCAUUGGGAUGAAAAACUCUAUUCCUAGAAGGCAACCCAAGAAGAAGGUUCCCAAAACAAAAACCUAUUAGUUGCAAGGACUUCUCGGAUUGUUGCCGGUUGCUCAUUAUACUCAUUUUCCAAUUCUCGAGGAUUUGACUUUAGGUGUCUGUCUGGUUCAGAACGAAUGUACCUCGUAAGAGAGUAUUUAGGUGUACCUUCUGUCUCAUGGAUUAUGUAUAAUUUAUAAUUAGUUAUAUAUGUAUGCUAUUUUUUCGUUUGCCUGACAUUAUGAACUAUCUUUCGAUUACUAAACUUGUAUACGAAGAGGGAAAAAAUGAUCAGAGCCAUUUUCGUUCAUUCAGACUUCGACUCAGACUGAGUCUGGCACUUGCAGUUGCUUUUGAACUAAGCUUGAUUUCUUCACGUUGGCA